UGGUGGUGGCAGGACGGGGAAGUGGAGUAGGACCGGGACCGGGGACCGAGGGGCUUCUGGAGCUGAGCCCGCCCGCCCGCCACCAUGACCCGCGAGCUCAUCGGCCCCGCGCUGCCGCCCGGCUUCUCCCGCCACCCCGAGGCGGACCCGGAUGAGGACUUCAGUCAGGUCGCAGGACCAGCGCUGCCUCCAGGCUAUAAAAGCAGCUGUAGCUCAGAAACUCCUGACAGUGAUGAUGACUCCGAAUCUCUUCCUCCAACCAGAGACACAAACAGAGAUUCUGAAGAGGAGACAGAAGGAGAUCCAGCACCCAAAAAGCCAAAAAGAAUUCAGGAAGAUGAUGAUGAUGAUGAUGGCUUUUUUGGGCCCGGUCUUCCUCCUGGAUUUAAAAAACAGGAUGAUUCUCCAGAGAGGCCCAUUAUAGGUCCUGCAUUACCGCCUGGCUUUAGGAAACCUUCGCAGGACACCGGGAAUAGCAGAUGUGCCAUAGGACCGUCUGUUUCAUCAGAAUUCCAAACCCAGGUAACAGAUAGUAGUGAGGAAGACGACGAUUUCAUAGGCCCAAUGCCUGCAAAAGGACCAGUGGAGUCUGAUGUGACUAAAGAAUUUGAACGCAGAGCCCAGAGAAUGAAGGAAAAACUUACCUCGGCAGACAGCGAUGAACCCAAGCAAGUUACCAGGGAAUCGUGGAUGACAGAGCUUCCACCUGAAUUGAAAAGCUUUGGAUUUGGCCCAAGAACAUUCAAGAGGAGAGCUGAUGACAAAUCAGGCGAUAGAUCUAUUUGGACAGAUACUCCAGCUGACAGAGAGAGAAAAGCCAAGGAAAGAGAAGAGGCAAAAAAGUCAACCAGUAAGGAUAAUGAAGAAAUUGUAUUAUCUGGGAGAGACAAGAGACUUGUUGAGCAGGUGACUUCAUACAAUGAGUCAAAGAGGUCGGAAUCUCUCAUGGACAUACAUCAGAAAAAGCUAAAGAGCAAAGCGUCCGAAGAAAAGAACAAACCUCAAGAAAGAAGGCCAUUUGACCGAGACCAGGAUCUCAAAGUCAAUCGAUUUGACGAAGCACAAAAGAAAGCUCUUAUAAGAAAAUCCAGAGAUCUGAAUAGUAAAUUUGAGCACAGUAAAGGCAAUAUGUUUUUAUAGCAUAAAAGCAUGAAGCUUUUUUGAAGUGAAGUCAAUUCAACUUUGAAUACUUAAUUUUUUAAGUAUUUUUCUGUAAAUAUUUGUAUGCAAAAUAAAUACCCUGAUGUUUACCUA